AAAUGGCGUCGGCAGCGACCUUGGCAUUACCCUCGCCGUAAACCGUGAUUCUCGUAGCAGCAAGCAGCAGGAGCAGCACAGAGCUGUAGCUUUGUAGGUAUUCUAUUCUGCGACUGUAGCAUAUGAUCCCGGACGAGGUGAUCCAUGCAUUUGCUCUCGAUUUUGGUGGCAGGUAUACGCAGAGACGGUACCGUGAGUGUUCCUCGGCGAAAAACAUAUUUGCGUCGUCGGGCUUUUGGUAGUACGGCCCGACCUGCCACACAAACCACGCGGUUCGCUAGGCCCCCCCUGCGAAUGGGAAGACCCGAAAGCAUUGUUCUGUGCUGAUAGCCUAGCAUCCAGUAUUAGGCUUAACAUCGGUUCAAGAAAAGAAUUGUCUUCGUUUUCUUGCGGAUCCGUCCCCCAGCGGUGCGAAUGUGGCCAGUCCGCGUUGGGGAAACCGCCUCGGGUGCCGUAUCGGCGUGCUACGCAAUUCGGCGGCCGCCUUUCGCAAACGCUGAGGAGCAGCACCGCCACUGAGUUCCGCUCCGAGUCCUUCCCCACUGCCCCCACCCCACCACCACCUCCCGCGGAAGUGAGCGGUCGCGUCUUCGUCGGAGGCUCGUACGCGACUUCGUGCGGUGUGCGACUGGCGAUGCCGUCCGCGCAUCGUGGACACUGUGCGUGAACGAGCCCCGGGCCCGGUGGCACGGUUGUUCCAGGUUUCUCCUGCGCGCUAGCGUAAGAUGAUCACCCUUUGGAGCUGACACAACCGCCGAGCGACUCUGUUGCCACAGCGCCGGGAGACCCUCGCCGGUUCCUUUCGUUGAGGGUGGCUCUCCCCAUGUUGGUCUAGGAUGACCAUGACCGCACGCAUCAAACAGGUUGUGAGCAAGAACAAGAAGCGAUACCAGGAUGAGGACUUUGACUUGGACUUGUCAUACAUUAGCGACAAUAUCAUUGCCAUGGGCUUCCCAGCUGAGAAACUGGAAGGAGUCUUCCGCAACCACAUGGAUGAUGUCCAGAAGUUUCUUGAAAAGAAGCACAAAGGGCACUACAAGAUAUACAACCUGUGCUCCGAGCGGCAAUACGAUGCCAAGAAGUUUGAGAACAGAGUGGCACACUACCCGUUCAAGGACCACAACCCACCGAAAAUUGGCCUCAUCAAGCCUUUCUGCGAGGAUGUUGCGGAGUGGCUGUCUAAACACCCGGCUAAUGUUGCUGUCAUCCACUGCAAAGCGGGCAAGGGUCGAACAGGAGUGAUGGUGUGCUCAUACCUGGUACACAGCCGCAUGUUUGCCACUGCUGGGGAGGCUCUCUCUUAUUACAGUGAGCGCAGGACGAAAGACCUCAAGGGGGUGACAAUCCCAAGUCAGCGGCGGUAUGUGGAGUACUAUGCCAAGCUAGUCAGCACACGUGCGGAGUACAACCCAGAGACGCUGGGGCUGCACUCGCUCUCUCUUGAGCCCGUGCCUACGUUCAACGGAGGGACCUGCUCGCCAUUCUUCCUGGUUUGGAAGAGUGAAGCCAACACCAUGGAGAAGUUGUACGGAUCUCCUGUGCUCGAGGGACGUAAAGGCAACUCCUCGUCGCUAUGCUUCCACCUAGGACGCCCAGUGGCCCUCAAGGGCGACAUCAAAGUGGAGGUCUACAACAAGCCCAAAAUGAUGAAGAAGGAAAAGAUGUUCCAGUUCUGGUUCAACACCUUCUUUGUACCUCCAAGCUGCAAUAGUAGCAGUGGUGGCAGCAGUGUAGGGCGAGGUGACGCACACUCACACCCCAAUGGUGUUGCAGGAGGAGGAGGAGGAGCAGCAGCAGCACCUGCAGAGCUCAGGGUUCACAAUGGGGGAGAAGAGGAGAUGAGGACGCUAGUCCUGUGCAAGGACGACCUUGACAAGGCAUACAAGGACAAGACUCAUAGCAAAUUCAGUAAAGACUUCAAGGUGUCACUAAAAUUUGUAUCCCCAAGCCACCUGUGCCCCCCGGGUGCUGGGGGUGACGAUCCCAACAGCGAUAUUGAGCCAGGCUCUGACAGUGACACCACAGACGACGAUGAUUGGGACACACAGGAGGCGACCCACAUCUAGGUCCGGCUCUCUCCACCCUUCACACACACACCUGCCAGUUCCCACAACUCACCUCUGCCCCCUCCCCCGCUGCUUGGAGGGUUCCACCACGAGCACAAGUGAACCCCCCUCAUUAUUUCACCACACCAUUGGCAUUCUCUCUCUCUCACCCACAUACUUGUGUAAUGUGUUGCCAUGUGUUUGUAUAUGUGCAUAUAUCUGUAUGUGGAGUUGGCAGUGUACUUUGCUAUGGCAAGGUUCUGUAUUUAUUCAGUUGUUGACCAGACAUUUUGCCUUUGAGGAGGCAGACCUUUGUUGGACUAGUUAUAUCAUCUGGUUUAAAAAAAAGAAGUGAGAAAUUUACGCAGUGUGCUGUUUGUAUUAUUCGGUUCUUGCUCACAGUUAAUUCUUGUGGUUGACAGUGGGUGCCGGCAAUUGGCUGUAGCAUGUGGCUGAAAAGCAUUAAUGCAGUUUGCUUUUGAGAACGGAACUGCUGACGGGAAGCACUGUGUAAACGAGCGCCGUGCUUUUAUUAGGGGAUAAUUUUUGACAAUUUUUGGAUGCAUCUUCAAUUUUGAUCCAUGGCAAGUGGGAAGUCGCCAUGCGGUGAGGAAAAGGCAUAUUUGGGAGAGGAGGUUUUAGACAGCUGAAACUCCUGUGGCAAUAUAAAUGUCGAAAGGAUAAAAAGAUUUGCGUGUGUGUGCAUGCGUGCGUGCGUGUGUGUGUUUGUGUGUGUGCGUGCGUGCGUGCGCGCGUGUGUGCGCGCGCGCGCGCAUUAAUCGUUUUUGAUAGCCUUUUUUUAAGGAAUGUGUUUUGCUUUUUAUACCUUUGGUUGGAAAAGACUGCAAGGUCUAAACUUCGGUGUUUUUAAAAUACAGAGAUAAGCUAUUAUUUGUGCAGGCAGGUGUUUGGGUCAUAGUUAAGUACCUGGCAAUGCUCCAACAUCGCUAGUGCAGAUUUCUUUGUGAUACGACAUUUUGAAGGUUUUUAUUUUCUUCAUAAAGAAUCUGCUGUAAUGCAGUGGCACUGUGUUCAAAAUGGCAUUGACAUGGCUUUCAGUCUUUGACGUACGUGUAGGUUAUAGCACAGCCUUCUCCAUGCAUUGACGUGAAACCAGAGAAGACCGGUCACCUUAGUGACCUGAUUGUCAAAGUUGCCAUGCUGUAUUGUCAUUGGGCGUAAUCAGGUUGCAUUAGAAAAUGGGGAAAGACUGGAUGACUGCAAGAUCCAGAAAGGAGCAGUACUGGGCCUGGAUAAUGUAAAAUUGUUUCAGUCUGUUUUUAUUGCAAUCAUCCAUUCGCCCUCCGUGAUAGGUCAAAAUGACUCAGGCUUUGCGCGUAUGUGCACGGUGCCCGCUCAUAUAGGCUGGGCCUGAGCUAUUUUGACCUAUCAUGGAAGGUUAAUGGCGGAUGUGGAAUAAAAACAGAUUGGAAUAGUUUUAUAUUAUUCCAGCCUUGCUGUUACUGUUCACUUUGUUCUGUGCUCAUCUGAUGCCUGUUGUUUAAUGAACCAAAAUGUACUGUCCUUUAGCAUGGUGUAAUUUGGGGCUUCACAAUUUUCGUUCGGUUUGUACUCCACUGCAACUGUUAGAAUGCUCCACCUGAUUUUUAAGCACCUGUUAGUGAAGGCAAACUUUAGUGUGUUUUCAGGCUUCUUGUGCUUGCCUGUAGCAUGUGCAGUGUGUGGAAGGCUUGCUUUUCCAGUGAAUCUUGGUCACCGAGCACAGCUUUUUUAGUUUUUUUUUCCCCUUCCCAGUCAGUGAGUUCUUUGGGUAAAGGAAGUCUUGAUUAUGGAUUAUUUUUAGGAGUACCUGGAUAUAUGUAUGUAGAGGUAUAUAUACGCACAGGCUAUAAAUAGAUUUUUAUGAAAUCCAUGUGUGUUUGAAGAAGCUAAAGAAUCCUUUGCCGAAGAAGCUAAAGCAUCCGGUGAUCAUACCUUUUAGUGUAGUAAAUGAAAAUUACACUGUGCAAAUCUAAGUUAUAAAUGAAAAAGGCCCGUCUGCACACUGUCAAAGCGUAGUAGUGCUUGUGCAUUUCACGCUGUAGUGUAGCUAAAAAAAAAAAAUUAGCGGUAUGGAGUGACAGAUAUGCAAGUUAAGAUAAUAAUAAGAACGCUGUGUAAUACGUAUUGAGAUCUUGCAACCAGUUUACAUUUCCUAUAAUUUAAAUGCUUAGCCCUUAAAAGGAAGCUUAAAGGGCCCCUCACCAGGACUGGGCAUUUUGAGCUUACAAACGCAGAGCAUACAAUGCGCUAUAACAAUGAUGUCUGCAAAGUAUUACAUUGCUACGUGCCGUGGAAAGAUCUGAAAUUUCAAAUCGAAUGCCGUUUUCGCUUCUUGCGGCCUGUGCGCUCCAAUCCGGAGGAUGACGUACACGUGCUAGUGUGCCUACGUAAACGUGUUCGCUGUGACUUCGAGAAUUAUUCUAGGGAACAUCUGUUAUUUGUGUAAUAUGUUGCUUGGAUAGACGAAUUAAAGCUUAGAGAAAUAAUAAAACACACAAUCCGAAUG